AUUAACUCCCUGUCUCAUAGCUGAGCAGUUUAGGCGCUUAGUAUUUUAUUUUUUCUUUUAUAAUGGAUGCUACAAUACCUGUUUUUGAGAAGCCCCAUCGACCUUUGACUGUUUUAGACUGGACAAGAAACAUUCAGAGGCUACAAAAUGAAGCGAGGCUUCGUCGAUUUGAGUCUUAUGAGUUGAGAAAUCGAGCCAAUCAGUUGAGGAACGAGACUUCGGUAACCACGAGAUGGGAUACCUAUGUUAACAACGAGUUGUUGAGGGAUAGAAUAUGCGAAGUCCAAGCAUGGAGGGAAAAGCAGAGGUUCACAAGAGAAUGCGUAAGAGAUGAGAUAAGAGCUUUGAAAGAAGAGAAACAUGCAACCGAACUCCACUUGGAGUCCCUUCAAGUUCCGUUUAUGGUGAUAUCUCAGUGUCUCUCUAAUAGAGAUCAGAGAGUGCCCCCGGAGCUGACCAGAGACCAACUUGGAGAGGAACUAAAUAAGGAACUCCAUAUAGCGGAGAAUAGCAAACGCGUCUUAAUGGACGUCUGCCACAUGGGCUGGGAGAAGAUAAAAGAGCUCACCAAUGUGCUCUGCCGCCUGGAGCGCGAGAUCAAGAAUAAAGACGAAACCCUCGACUUGGAGUACCACGUCAAAGACCUGACCAGGGACAGCACUGAUAUUAGUUUCAAGCUAGAUCCUACGAGGGUCCCCACAGAAUCAAUGACAGAAGAGAGUUACGUCCACUGCAUAGAAAACACGAUAAAGAUAGCAGAACAGCUGAUGUCGGAGUCCAAAACUCUUCGAGAGACGAUGUUCAAAAGCCGCGAGCAGGCGAGGAACCAGAUGCACGCCCAGAGCCAGCAGGUCGAGCUCAUUAUGAGGAGGAGGGUCUUUGACAUACAGAGGGCUAGGAAUGAGAUGGAGUGGCAGAAGUACAAGCUUGAGCAGAAUCUGCAAAAACUCGACAGGGAGAUUGAAACGCUUCGUGCAGCAGUCGCGGAUAAAAUAAACCCGACGAAACUGGUGGAAACCAGAUUGGAAACCCGGACAAGAAGACCAGUCCUUGAAAGAGUUCAGGAUAAGCCCAUGCGUGGCCUGAUCGAGGAGUUCGAAAGGGUUCAUAUGAGUCACAACAUGCUCGAAAAGAAAUUGGAAGAAGCACUCACAACAUACCACGGUAUGUUCAACCACCACGGGCGCGUGACAAAGGACUUGCAAUACAAGAACCAGGCUCUGGAGACGGACAGACGUCUCAUAGAGAUCAGGAAGCCAUUGCACUCGUCUGAUGAAACUGAGUUCAAGAGGAAUGUCGGGUAUUGCCAUAUGAGCGAUGAACUGGUCACGGACUAG